UAUGACCCAGGUAAUGGCGCCAUAUUCACUAGCGCCAGGGUCGCGUGACCUAACGUCAGGACAAAGGAUUGAGUUGUUUUCCUCCAUGAGAACGACACCACUGCUGCUCCUGCAAAAUUCGAUGUUUGUUUCGACAGAUUGUGAAUCACGCAGACAUGGUAACCACAGUCCAGCAGUUAGCGAAGAAGGACGUGACGUUUGUGUACCACGCCCAGGACGUGGAGCUGGUCAGGUUUCUGGUGUUCUCCGUGGAGAGCCAAAACUACAGCACUCUCUUCAGACACCGAGAUGUCGUCAUCCGACCUGAUCAGUCGAUCACGGACUGGACGGAAAAGAGCACGCGGAACUCCCGCGUCAUCGUCGUCAUCAUUUCUCAUUCUUUCAUACGUUGGGACGGGCUACUCGAUUUGGAAAUUGCCAUGGUAACGGCGGCACAAAGUCGGGACAAGCUGGUGGUUGCAGUGAUCUGUAAGGGGUGUGAACAGCCAGCUCUCCUAUCGGCGGCCAGAACUGUUUCGUUCUACGGAGAUUUUGACCGACUUAAAGGAGAUCUGCUGAAGGUCAUCCAAGGACAUAUACCAAGUAGCCAGUCGUCGGCGGAGAGGGUGUGCGAAUCUCAGCCUAUCCCUGGGUUAUCGCCUUCCAGGCCGCGACAGUGGGACAUAAGCUUGUUAGAGGAAGACGUGCUGUGUCACAUCCAGCUGGGGGUAAUAACAGCUCUGCGACCAGCGGACAUUGCCGACAAGAUGCGGUACAUCGUGCGAUCCUCCAGAGAUCGGAGCUUCUUCACGUUCUGCGGAACAGCCAUCAUGAACACGGCCACCUUAACCCUGGCCCUGCUGCUGCUAGCUUUAGUUUCCGAUGGUCUAGGAUACCCCUUGUUCGGUGUCCACCCGGUACACAUGAUUUUUCUGGUGUUCCCAUUGUUUAAGGCUUUAUACUGCUUCCAGCUGAUUGUGACGUAUAGAUACAAGAUUGUGGCCAUGUACAAGUGCUGUAGGUCUGGUAGGGAAAAUCAGGUGCCCGAUAUCAUUGAUACACUAGUCCGCACAGCAAAUACGUCAUACAGAUCAGUCCGAAAUUGCGUCAUCACUGUCCUAGCCGGAGAGAUAGCAAUUUGGGCAGUCAUUGCCAAUGUCUCCCUCGCUCAGGGACAUAACAUCAAAGGUAUCACACAGCUUCUGGAUAUGUAUCCCUUCACCGUUCUACCCUUUUCUGUCUUCUUGAUUCACACGUGUUAUGUGGCCGCACACUUGUUGUUUUAUCAUGACCCGACCAUUCGGACCCUGAUAAGGGACCAGAGGUUUUACUUCGAAGAGAUCAUGAAAGAUCCAGACUUCCAUAAACACCACAAAACAUUGGAGUUUUACCUCAGUAGACUGCAUCUAUAGGAACAUGCGACAUGUAGGGUAUACUAUGUUUGGGUAACAUCACUGCAAGUUUAAUUGCGAACAUUGUUAAUCAUAUCAUUAAGUGUUAGUUACUAUCAAAAAUGAUAUUGAUAAACGUUAGAUUUCAUCAACACCAUGGCAUUUGGUUAUGAAAACUCAUGAUCAUGGUUUGUUUUGUAACAUGAAUUUUAGGCACAUGCCAUGUAACGUCAACAAGUUAAUUACGAAACUUCAUUAGGCAUAUAGCUCGUAAACGUUGGCCGCACGCGUGUAUUGAGACAAAAAAUGUAUUGUACAAAGGUAGCAAAAACUUCAGUUAACAAAUAAAAGUGUCA